UCUCUCUCUCUCUCCCCCAUCCUCUCAACUGAAAGCCCUACACACUCUCUCUCUCUCUCACACACACACACUCACUCACUCACACAUCUGAAUCGACCGGCGACUAUCACGACCACCGGAGACGACUGGCCACCCAGUGAGUUGAGAUAGAGAGAGAGAGUUGCAGAAUGCUGAACCUGAGCAACUCUGCAGCACUACUUAGUUGUCACCGUAUUGGGUUAGCUUUCAGUUCUCGACGAAGCACUGUAUUAGGGUUUCCAAUGGAUUGCAGCGUAGAAAAGGGUUCUUCCUAUUUCAUGCUGAAGCAGAGUGCUACUCCUACUUUCCCUUGUAGAGCAUCCCUCGAAGUUCAGGACACUUCUCACAGGAAGGAUAAUGCACCUGUACACGGACUGUCGGAAACAGUUGUGGGUGUACUGGGAGGAGGGCAAUUGGGUCGUAUGCUUUGUCAAGCUGCUUCCCAAAUGGCAGUCAAGGUGUUUGUUUUGGAUCCAAUGGAGAAUUGCCCAGCAAGUGCACUGUCCCACUAUCAUAUGGUGGGAAGCUAUGAUGAUAGUGCCACAAUUGAAGAAUUCGCGAAAAGGUGUGGAGUGUUGACGGUUGAAAUUGAGCAUGUUGAUGUUGCCACGCUUGAGAAGCUUGAACAACAAGGAGUAGAUUGCCAACCAAAGGCCUCUACUAUUCGAAUUAUCCAGGAUAAAUAUCUUCAAAAAGUUCAUUUUUCUCGGCAUGCUAUUCCACUUCCUGAGUUUAUGCAGAUAGAUGAUUUUGAAAGUGCGAAGAGAGCAGGUAACCUAUUUGGCUAUCCUCUUAUGAUAAAGAGUAAACGGCUGGCUUAUGAUGGACGUGGAAAUGCUGUUGCUAAGAGUGAAGAGGAGCUUUCUUCAGCAGUAGAUGCUCUUGGAGGAUAUGAUCGCGGCUUAUACGUUGAGAAAUGGGCUCCAUUUGUAAAGGAGCUGGCAGUCAUCGUGGCUAGAGGAAGAGAUGAUUCUAUCCUUUGCUAUCCUGUUGUUGAAACUAUUCACAGGGAAAACAUUUGUCACAUUGUUAAGGCACCUGCUAGCGUGCCAUGGAAGAUCAGGAAAUUGGCAACUGAUGUUGCACACAAAGCUGUUAGUUCAUUACAAGGUGCUGGUGUGUUUGCUGUGGAAUUGUUUUUGACAGAAGAUGGUCAGAUUUUACUGAAUGAAGUAGCUCCUAGACCUCAUAACAGUGGGCAUCACACAAUUGAAUCUUGCUUCACAUCACAAUAUGAACAGCAUUUGCGGGCAGUUGUUGGUCUUCCGCUUGGUGAUCCAUCGAUGAAAACUCCAGCUGCUUUGAUGUACAAUAUACUUGGUGAAGAUGAGGGAGAACCAGGUUUCCUUCUGGCUCAUCAACUGAUUGGAAGGGCAUUGAGAAUUCCAGGGGCUACCGUUCAUUGGUACGAUAAGCCAGAAAUGAGAAAACAACGGAAGAUGGGUCAUAUCACAAUUGUUGGUCCUUCAAUGGGCAUCGUGGAAGCGCACCUAAACUCAAUGCUGAGGGCAGAAAUCUUGGAUUAUCAGACUGAAGUCACACCACGUGUCGGGAUCAUUAUGGGUUCUGAUUCAGAUCUUCCAGUUAUGAAGGCUGCUGCAACAAUUUUGAAUAAUUUUGGUGUCCUUAAUGAGGUGAGAAUAGUUUCAGCGCAUAGGACCCCUGAAAUGAUGUUUUCUUAUGCUUUAUCUGCACGGGAGCGGGGGAUCCAGAUCAUCAUUGCUGGCGCAGGUGGUGCAGCCCACUUGCCAGGCAUGGUAGCUGCAUUAACCCCCUUGCCUGUUAUUGGUGUCCCUGUACGUGCUUCUGCAUUGGAUGGACUGGACUCCCUCUUAUCAAUUGUGCAGAUGCCUAGGGGUGUCCCCGUUGCAACUGUUGCCAUAAACAAUGCCACAAAUGCAGGUUUGUUGGCAGUAAGAAUGUUGGGAGUUGGUGAUGCUGACCUACAAGCAAGAAUGACCCAGUACCAAGAAGAUACAAGAGAUGAUGUUUUGGUGAAGGCAGAGAAGCUAGAAAAGGGUGGUUGGGAAGCUUACUUGAAUUCUUGAGUUUCAUCAAACUUUUCAUUCAUAUUUUUUUUUUUUUGGGGGGGAGUAAUUUUUGGAAGAGUAUUACAGAAUACUGAAAAAUCGUUAUCAAUAGCAGAUGUACCAUACAGUGUACACAGAAUUGUAAGGAAAGAAGGCCCUAUUGUAUGUAAACUGGUUUUUUUUUUUUUUUGUAAUGGAUGUAUGAUUGUCAUAUUCCAUGAAUUUUGGAGGGAUUAAUGAACGUUUAAUUAUAAAGAUAUUAGGGGACAUAACUGUCCCUGUGAAUGGUUCAAGUAAAA